AUGCCUAAGACUGCCGUCAAGACAUUCGGAACUGAAUCCAAUAGAACUGAUUUGGAGUCAAAAACACUGGUACGUCGUCGGCCACUUCACGUAUCCUGGGGUGUGUUACUGUGUAUUAUUGUGAUACUGGGCGUAGUGGCCAAUGUGACAGCAGCAGAAGAAGUGAAUUGUCAAGGUCUAACCGUCAAAAACGGAUUCUUGAAAGAUUACCACCCUAGGGCUGGCGGUCUGUUUCUGCCCGGAGACACCAUAGCGUACGAUUGUUUAUAUGACUACGUGGAAGCUGCCAAUGGCGGAAUUCUAGUUUGUAACACAUCAGGCGGAUGGGAUGGCUUCAGCGACACUCUUUGUAGAAAAAUUGUUUGCAAAAAGGCACCCCAGCAAGUGCAGAGUUCGACAGUGAAUCCGGUUGUUGAGAGUGGCUAUUUGGACCAGACCGUGGUGUAUACCUGUGUAGAGGGAUUUCUGCAAGCAGGUGGAGAAAACCGAAAAACAUGCAUUUCGCAAGGCUACUGGAAGGGUAUAGACAUCGUGUGUUUAGCAAAGGUGUGUGGAUCACCUCCUGCUAUAUGGAACACGACGGGCAUGACGAAUGUAGGCGGUUACCUAGGCCAGGCUAUAGUCUACACCUGCCUGCCAGGUUUCUUCAGGACCGCGGGCAACGGUACGAAGAUCUGUGACUCCAACGGUGUAUGGAUAGGAAAAGACAUCGUUUGUUCAGAAAUAAAGUGUAACUUCCCUAACGUCACAAAUGGCCACCUGGUGUAUUCUAGCAGUGAGUAUCUUCACUAUGGUGAUAAUGUGACGUUCGCAUGUGACCGAGGAUAUAGCGUGCUUUCUGGAAAUACAUCAAGAUCCUGCAGUGAAAGCGGCUUGUUGACGGGAGAAGAUCUUCAAUGUCAAGCUGUCUCGAUAGAAAAUUCAACAAUAAAUGCUACAUCACCGACGUCAUCAUAUUCUGAAGGGAUUUUGACCAAUAACACCCUGGAUACGUCAUCAAAGACUCCGACAACACUUGUUCAACCGACGGCUACGGUACCAUCUACUCCUUCAACAUCGUCAUCAUCUAAUGGGACUUUGACCACAGGGACCCUGGAUACGUCAUCAAAGAUUUCGCCAACAAUUAGUCAGCAGACAGCUACGGUACCAUCUACUCCUUCAACAUCGUCAUCAUCUAAUGGGACUUUGACCACAGGGACCCUGGAUACGUCAUCAAAGAUUUCGCCAACAAUUAGUCAGCAGACAGCUACGGUACCAUCUACUCCUUCAACAUCGUCAUCAUCUAAUGGGACUUUGACCACAGGGACCCUGGAUACGUCAUCAAAGAUUUCGCCAACAAUUAGUCAGCAGACAGCUACGGUACCAUCUACUCCUUCAACAUCGUCAUCAUCUAAUGGGACUUUGACCACAGGGACCCUGGAUACAUCAUCAAAGAUUUCGCCAACAAUUAGUCAACAGACAGCUAUGAUACCAUCUACUCCUUCAGCAUCGACACCAGUUUCUAUAUCUACACCUACAACAGUAGUAAUACCAAUUAUAACCUCGUCAGUAAUUGUUACAUCUACAUCUACGACACCGCCAAUUAUUGGUGUAUCUACCCCUUCGCUUACGUCAUUGUCACCACUUUCAACGACCACGACUAUACUGGCGCCAUUAAGUUCAAAUUUCAACCCCAUUCUCAUGUCGCUGACCUCAGCAGUAGACAGGUGUACGUUAUGUACGUGUAGGACGCGUAUACCGGAUGUUGGAACCAACGGGAGUACACGUACACCACUGGAUCUGAAAAAAUCUAAGAAAUUUAAACAAACCAACAUAGUUGAAGCUAAAGGCGCGGUGGCUAUAGGCUCUGUAUCCAUCUUGUUCAUGCUGUCGUUCUUUGGUGUAAUAUUUCUACUGGAUUUCCCGCGGAUAGUCCACGACACGAGGCGACUCUUUUGUCGAAAUAUUCGAGAACCGUUUUACAAACUGUAACACAAUUUAAAGGCACUAUCCCGCUUUUUUCAGAAAAUAACAUGUGAAGAGUCCAGGAGAAAAACGAUCUAAGCCACACGUUGGUGAAAUAUUCGAGAACCGUUUCACAAACUAACACAAUUUAAAGGCACAAUCCCACUUUUUUCAGAAAUGAAAAUAUGAAGAGUUCAGGGGAAAAACGAUCCAAGUCACAAUUUGUCGAAAUAUUCGAGAACCGUUUUACAAACUGUACGUGUUCUGUAUCAACGACAAAUGAAGAAUAUUUCAGUUUCGUAUCCCGUUUAUAUCCCUGGUGAAAUACGUUGCAUGUAUCACAGACUCUAUAAACAAGAGACAAAUGAAGAAUAUUUCAGUUUCGUAUCAGGUUUAUAUCCCUGGUGAAAUACGUUUCAUAUAUCACAGACUCUAUAAACAAGAGACAAAUGAAUAAUAUUACAGUUUCGUAUCCCGUUUAUAUCCCUGGUGAAAUACGUUGCAUGUAUCACAAACUCUAUAAACAAGUGACAAAAGAAGAAUAUUUCAGUUUCGUAUCAGGUUUAUAUCCCAGGACAAAUAUGUUUCCUGUAUCACAGGCUGCAAAUGAGUGACAAAUACUUCAUGAGGACAUACGAUGGACAUACAUUUUAAAGGUGCGAUGUCAGUUUAUUUUAUUAAUUUUUGCUUUAAAACAAGUUUAUACCUUCAGUUAUAUGCCUAUAAAUAAGUACAACCGAAUAAUUCCAUUUACUAGUAGGGAAAACAAGUAUUUUAGAGGGAAUCUUGAGAGUGUGUCACACGCUUUAACUUGUGACGUCACUGUUUUAUGCGUACACAUUCAAAACACCCAAGUUCUUUCGAUAAUUCUUUGCAGACAACUGACAAAGAAACAAAGAUGGUGAUCAUGCUAUAUUUAACCACAAAUUAUUCGGGAAACCCCUCUUGUCGUCCAGGGCCCCGUUCCACGAAGCGACCUUAGCCCUAAGAUCAACGUAACUGCACACCUAACAUAUACACUUAAGGUAAUCUUAGCGCUAAGAUCGCUUUGUGGAACGGGGCCCUGUACAAUACUUUUAAAAAUUAUUAUUCUUGAGUUAAUUAUGGAACGAUUAUGCGUGGGAUCGAUUAAUUUGUAGUUAUUUAUUACAAAUAAAUGUGAAAGUAACAAAAUAUUGUAGUUUUAACUUUGACAUAUGACCUUUAAUGCUAUAUUAGAUUUCAAUGCUCUGUUGGAUUGUAUUACCCUACAAUCGUAUUCCAAAAACUGUAGUCCAGCAAACCUAUUACAAAGAAUGGAAACGGACAACAUGCAUGUAUUUGUUCAAACCAGCAUGUGACAUCUCACUUUCUAGUGGGACUUCAAUAUGAUCGGAUGAUUUCACCGUAUGAGUAAUAAAUUAGUGAUACAGGAUGGAGAUAGCAAAAUCAAUAGCAAAUAAUACGCAACACAAAUUAUUGUACAAGUAUAAAUGUAAUUUAAUAACCAUGAUUGUCUUGAAUAAUAUAUACACGAUCGUCUCUUGUUGCAAGAACACUGUGAGAUUCAAUUAGCUUUCUGUUGAAUUUAACAAAAAACACAAUACGUAAUGUACAUAAUAUCGGGGAACUCUAUAUUACAGUAAAACACAGUAAGUUAUGUACAUAAUAUUGGGAAACUAGAUAUUACAGUAAAUCAAUAUCUGCUGUAAUUAGACUACAAGUGAAGGAAGGAAGGACGUACCCGGGCCUCGUUUCACAAAGCGAUCUUAGCGCUAAGAUCACCGCAAGUGCACACGGGUACGCGCGGCAAUUAUGCACUUAAAUUGACCUUAGGGGCGAAACGAAGCCCAGUGGUAAAGGGCUCGCUUGAUACGCGGUCGGUUUGAGUUCGAUUCCCGCCAGUGGGCCCAUUGGGCUUUUUUUUCGCUCCAGCCAGUGCACCACGACUGGUACACCAAA